UGUGCUGUGAGGUGUUGUGAUGUACAGUGAGUGUUAAUGUUAAGUUUACUAAACUGUAUCAUGAGUUUAGUUUUCUCAAAAGCUUAAAUGGUAUACAAUGACACCCCUGUGGUCUUGUCAAAGGGAUCAACACAGCUGCAUUGCAUCGGUGGUGAGUACAUUACUACCGUGUGCAAUAAUAUAAAUCUUUGUUUACCUUAAGUGGCCUCAUACACGCAGCACACUCGCACUGGUCAGGAUCGUUAAAGGUUAGUAGCUCUGACUAACGCUUCACUGUUUUCAGGGACCAGAUAGUGUGUAAUAAAAACAGCGUGUUUGAGACCUGGCUUGCAGCGUCACUGGAUAAGAGUUCUGAUGUUGAGUUGGCGAGGGGUGUGUGUUGAUUAUUUGUCAUUUUAUGGUUUUUUUAAUGUGUGUAUCGUUAUUUUUUUCCAGGAUGAGUUCUUCAUUCGUGGAAAACCUCAUUGAUUGGGGAGAUUUGGAUGAAAUCGAAGCAACUUCAUCUGCCACUUUGGAGAAGACCGUUGCUGGAGCUUGUCUUUUAAAACCGUCCAUUCUGAAGGCAUCUCAAAAGGACAAUUUAUUUCCGUCCAAACCCAAUAAGAAAAAAAUGGGCAAUGAAGAAAGUAGUCCGCAAAGUGAGGUCACGUUUCAGACACCUCGACGCGACCCUGUCACCAAGAAGCCGCUGUCUCCAGCGGUAGGCGUGUGGGGAGGAGGCCUUCUCGUUGCACCGCGCGAAGAGGAGACCCCUUCGUCCCCACUACAACUCGUAGAGUCCAGCCCUGCGCCGCUGCUGCUGGGGGCAGGGGGAGACCUUGCUGCAGUGCAAAGCACAGGAGCCGGUGUCGUUGCUGAUGGUGACACCAUUAGCAGCGAUCCACUUCUUCACAUUUCCACUGCACUAAAAGAACCUCUCAAUAUGGAGUGCAUAACCUCUAAUAACAUUGGCGUUUCUGAGCUCGAAUCUCAAGAAGUAUUGGCUUCCGAUUGUCACUUGAAAAUACAAAAUAGUAAUUUUCCUCCUAGCAAAGGAGAAAUAGUUGAAAAUCUCUGCUUUGGAGACGGGAGUGAUACUUUGGAAGCAAAUGAUGUGGAAGGAAAUGAAACAUAUUCACUAGCUAUUACCACAUCACAUGAACAACGUAUUGAAAACAGUACAUCAGAAUCGGUGACUGUAGAACAUCUUAACACUCCAUGUAUAAGUUGUGCAGACCCUACGCUUACUACAGUAGGGACCGAUGACCAAGAGAGCCACGAUGUGGGAUCUGGCACCUGUGCUGAAUUUAUUUUCAAUCUUGGCUUGGGCGACUGCCAGGAGAACACGGAUAAAUUAUCACCUGAUGAGGAUUCUAACACCGAGUUGUUUUGUACAUUUCCCACCGAUGCACAUGAUGAGGACACAAAUGAGAGUUACAAUGCCGCACAUUCAGAUCUUUCUGAUAAAUCGGCUUACAACACAAUUGAACAAGAUUGUAGCCUUGAGAAUGACAUUACUCGCGAUCCUCAAGAUGACAUUGAGCAUCUCAGUAUUCUCCAUGCAGAUCGCUCCGACACGUGUGCCGAAAACAUAGACGACGCUCCGCUUGAAGGAAACUGCCGUAUUAAUGAUUUUGUCGGUCAACCUCAAAGUGGCAUUGAUAGUGAAGUUGCAGAUAAUGCAGAAAUUGAACCGGCUGGAGAGUUGGACAGAGAUGCAGCUUGUCAUCCUGAAACAAAUAAAGUUAUAACAGAAGUGAAGGAUUCGGGUAACCAACUUGACUUACAAGCUGAAUUAAAGUUCAACUCUGACUUGCCCUGGCAAACAACGAUUGUCCCUCUGUCAUCGAAUUUGAACGACCAUGGGGAAGAGUGCAUUACCCCGCAUGUGGAAACAGGAGACUCGAGUGAACUUCGUCAUGGAACCCCCAUCGUAAAUGAAGAAGUCUGGCUCUCUGAUGCCGUUCAGGACGACCCUGCAUCUCACGGAGAUGUGGUUGCUAUUGGAACAACCUGCACCCUUUUUCAAGAUGAUCUUAGUUCUUUGGUUGAAACCAGACACCAUGGUGAUGCAAAUAAUUUGCUUCAUGACGUCGAUUACUUGAUUGAGGAAAAAGCAAAUGGAAAGGAGAUUUACAAGGCAAAUGAGAAUGGCACAAUUGAAACACAGCAGCAAGAAGAGCGAAUUGAAACCUCAAGCAGUGCGAGUGAAGAGAGCAUGCUGCUGCACCCCGAGAGCGUGCUGCUGCACCCAUUGAGCAGCGCGAGUGAAGAGAGUGUGCUGCUGCACCCCGAGAGCAGUGCGAGUGAAGAGAGCGUGCUGCUGCACCCCGAGAGCGUGCUGCUGCACCCCGAGAGCGUGCUGCUGCACCCCUUGAGCAGCGCGAGUGAAGAGAGCGUGCUGCCGCACCCCGAGAGCAGUGCGAGUGAAGAGAGCGUGCUGCUGCACCCCGAGAGCGUGCUGCUGCACCCCGAGAGCGUGCUGCUGCACCCCUUGAGCAACGCGAGUGAAGAGAGCGUGCUGCUGCACCCCGAGAGCAGCGCGAGUGAAGAGAGCGUGCUGCUGCACCCCGAGAACGUGCUGCUGCACCCCGAGAGCGUGCUGCUGCACCCCUUGAGCAGCGCGAGUGAAGAGAGCGUGCUGCCGCACCCCGAGAGCAGUGCGAGUGAAGAGAGCGCGCUGCUGCACCCCGAGAGCAGCGCGAGUGAAGAGAGCGUGCUGCUGCACCCCGAGAGCAGCGCGAGUGAAGAGAGCGUGCUGCUGCACCCCGAGAGCGUGCUGCUGCACCCCGAGAACAGUGCGAGUGAAGAGAGCGUGCUGCUGCACCCCUUGAGCAGCGCGAGUGAAGAGAGCGUGCUGCUGCACCCCGAGAGCGUGCUGCUGCACCCCGAGAGCAGCGCGAGUGAAGAGAGCGUGCUGCUGCACCCCGAGAGCAGCGCCAGUGAAGAGAACGUGCUGCUGCACCCCUUGGGCACCGACUCGCUCGCAGAUCCACAACAUCGGAUUGCAGAUAUCAGUGAAGAAAUGCCAUCGUGCUCUGACAGAGCCCCAGAACACCAAAGUCCGAUGUCUUCCUUAACCAUUUCCAGCAUCCACAGUGUGGUGGUCCCUCUGAGCCUGGAGAGUGAGCCGUGCACCACCACCACCACGGCAGGUGACGAGGCUCCAGAGCAGCUGCAGACCGGCCUGGAGAAUCCCUCACAAUCUUUCUUUUCAUUUGAAAGGAGCUCUGAUUCGGAAGGUGCAUUCGAAACCCCAGAACAAACAACACCAGUCCACGCCGCACAUUUUCAGCAGGACGCACUCGACGUUGAGGCUGAGUCUGCACAACUCAACUUGGGAAACCCCACUGAUUUGUUUCCCGAGUGUUUUGCGACCUCGUUAGAAGCAUCUGCGAGUGCGCAGCUCCCCCAGGAGGCUCCACAGGAGACUGCUGUGGACGCCCCGUGCGGAGCGCCUGUCGAAGCGGACGUUGCCAUUCCCCUUGAAGACUCCCUGGCAGCUCCUACCAGCCCAAAACUCUUUGAUGAGAACGAACCCAUUGCCAGUAAAGGAGCCUACGCCCUUGACUUUGAAAACCUUUGCAGCAAUGUCCUUUUUGAGGGGGUAUCCCAGGUGGAAAGGGAGUGUGGCCAAGCACUGAACCGACUGCUGGAGCCUUCUUUGACCGGAGAGAAAAACCCCACCCCAGAUGUUGAUACUUUUGUGCAACAACCUCAUGCACUGGUACUGAAGGCAAGUCCUCGGGCAAAGAAGACAAAAACGCAAGCUGAUAAAACAGCCAUAAUUGAUGCUUCUGCAAAACAGGAGGUUGCACUGAAAACUCAUACAGACACUGCUGAAAAUGGACCAGGGGAGUUGCCAUUGAAUGGCAAUUUCCCAAAUGUGGAAUAUUCUUCAGUUGCAAAUCCUUUGUGUAGUUCCUCUAGUGCAGAAGAUUUUGGUUCUGUACAUGAGAACAACAUGAUCACAUCAGAGUUAACUAUUCCUGCAAUUCCCUUGGAGGAAAAGAGCACUGCGUUUGUUUUGGACCACUUACUGCAUCAGCCAGCUGCAGUUCACAUUGAUAGUCCUUCAAGUGCUGGAGGACAACAUUUUGAUGCAGACAUCGUUGGUGCUGUCUCUGCAGAAACCAACCUACCGCAGUCUCCACAGCUUCCACAAGCUUCUUACACGUUCGAUCCCUACAGCUACGAUGAUUCUGUCAACCCAUUUCAAAUUGGAGGAUCCAAAUUACAGAAUUCUCCUCCUUUUGACCGCAAGCAAGCUUCCGCUGCAGCCUUUGCUGAACCAGAAGCACAGGUAGUUACCUCUCAGCCAGAGAAAGGGGCUGUUAAACUUGAGUUUGACUUCUCAGACAACAAAGAGAACGCAAAUGACCCUGAAAAGAAGCACACGCCACCUAAAAGGUUGGGUAGAAAACCAGGAACAAAGGUGUUGCCUAAGAAAAAGACCACGCUCAAGAAACCAGCUGUGGUGCACAAUGUUCCACCUGUUGCCGAGGCUGCAGUAGCUGCAGAUGUUGAGGAAAUUCUAUUGUCUAAAAGUUCCUACGAAUUGGACUUCUCCAAACUCGAUGACCCCAACUUUAAUCCGUUUGGUGGAGGGCCAAAGAUGCAGAAUUCGCCCAAGCUGCCUCGUGCUUCCUACACUUUCGAUGCGGACAACAUUGAAAGUGAGAACCCGUUCAAAUCCUCCACGAAGAUGUGUUGUUCCCCACCUAAACCCGCUGGCUUUGAGAUCCCACCUGAUAUGGGGACCUCUGUGGAAGCCGAAGACUCCACCGCCCCUGUUGCACCUGGGAAGUCUCCGCUGAAAAAGAAGAAGCAGCCAGUAAAAACCGGCACAUUAGAGGGCUUGAAGUAUUUGUGUUCUAUGUUGGGUACCUUUAAGGUGAAGAAAUCUCCAAAAAACUCUCCUGAAGAAAUUCCUCAAGAUGACCUUCCCCUGGAUGACGUCCCGGUGGACAUCCACGUGUCGGGCCGUGCCACCGACGAGGAGAAGCUCGCUUCCUCGGCGGCUGCGGCCAGUCACAAGAUGGCGCAGGGCUCGCAGCCUCUCCCGGAGCCGGCAUUCUCCGAGGCCGCAGACCUCGAGGCGUUGAUCGGUGAUGACGAGUUCCGGUCGGCUGCAGAAGUUCCAGGGUUUGACCAGCCUAUAGACUAUCUUGAAAAAUUUGGAUCCACAUCAUCUUUUCAGGAAUCUGCUCUAAGGAAGCAAUCUCUCUACCUGAAGUUCGACCCCUUGCUCCGAGACAGCCCAGUGAAGAGCAUCUGCCAGCGACCGGAAGCUUUGGAACCGUCGGCGGCGCUGGCCCAGCACGCGGGGGGGGUGGCGGCCGCCCUGGAGGCCGAGCUGGCCAAGCGCAAGGGCGUGGCGGAGCUCCUCGCCGUCUCCCCGCUCAAGACGGACACGCUGGUGAACAUAUCUACCUGGGAAAGUGCAACUACGGAGGAGUUGCUUCCAGAAAUUGCAGAGAAAAACCCAGCCGCCUUUGCACUGAGGCUUCAGGUGGACAUUCCGCCAGUCCCUGAAGUCCCUGCCCACAAGGGCCCGGUGUACACCCCACCGGUGAGCAUGCUCGAUCAGAAUGCUAUCGUGAGCCUGCUGCGGUACACGCAGACGGACCUGGACGGCGCUUUGCAGCGGGCCCGCGAAGAGAUUUUGACGAAAGACUGUGAGAUCGCAGAAUGGAAGAGGACGUGCGAUGACGACAAACGGGAGGUCACAGAAAUGAGGAAAAUUGUGGCAGAAUACGAGAAGACCAUUGCCCAAAUGAUUGAGGAAAGCCAGAUGGAAAAGGCCAUGAUGGAGAGGAAAAUUCAGCAGGAGAUGGCUGAGAAGGAACAGUAUUUGGCCGACUCCAGCUCCAUGGAGAAGUCCUUUUCAGAACUCUUCCGCCGAUACGAAAAGAUGAAGGAGGUGUUGGAGGGUUAUCAGAAGAAUGAGGAGGUACUGAAGAAGUGUGCGCAGGAUGCCCUGACGCGCGUGAAAAAGGAAGACCAGCGCUACCAAGCCCUCAAAGCCCAUGCAGAGGAGAAACUGGACAAGGCUAAUGAGGAGAUCAGUCAGGUGCGGAACAAAGCCAAGGCGGAGACCGCGGCGCUGCAGGCCUCUCUGCGCAAGGAGCAGAUGAAGGUGGACUCCUUGGAGCGCUCUCUGGAGCAGAAGACCAAGGAGAUUGAAGAAUUGACCAAGAUCUGUGAUGAACUCAUCUCCAAGAUGGGGAAAAGCUGAGUUACCGGUUGACUUGAGAUCUUUUCUUUUUUUCACGUGAAAUUUAAUUUGUAUUGUCGAAUAAUAUGGUCAUGCCUCAUGAUCGCGCAAAGAACAACUUCUAAAGUUUCAACACGUACACAAUUUGUCACACCAAAAGAACAGAAGGAUACGCUUUUGAAUGCCUCACUCCGUCCGUAGUGCCGGUUCGUUGCGUGUUCCUAUUGUUGUGCCGCUCCCAGCCCACACGUUGCCCCCCCUCUCUCUCUUGCUGUCCCCUGGAAAGCACAGCAGCAUCCACACUUUCACUUCUCGCUCCAAGCACUGCAUGGUUUAAAGAUCUUUGAUUCUUUCAAAUGAUUUUCCGUGUUAUGGGUUUGAAUAUUUGUACAAAAUUUGUUUUGAUUUAUUCGUAUCUAAUAAGACUGAUUCGCAUGAAGAUGUCUACACAGACAUUAACAAUGCCGUUUUAAAUGGCACAUGCACUAGCCAAGGUAAAGUAACAAUAGCUGGUUGCCGUUUACGUUUUGUAACUAGCUUUUAUACAAGAUUAAUUGUCGUAGAUUGAAUUAAUACAUGUUAGUUGGUAUUUCAUUUAGUUUAGCGUUGAUUUUUUUUUGUGGAAAAUGUCUGCGGUAAUAUUUAGCUUUUUGUGAAUCUCCACUGGCAUCUUUGCCUUAAGCCGGGCUGCGAGCCCUGUGGGUGGAUGUGUUGGUGAAGUAGGGCGUGCCACCGUUGACACAUUGUUUUACUCUGUAUUACUAAUGCAUGCAUCUCGCAUCAUAAUAAAAAGUGUUUUGAACUUAUUUUAUCUGUAGGUUGCUUUUUACAUUCGUUUAAAUGUCUUGACCUUAAGGUAUUGCAUUUCUGAACCCCUCUCUUCAGUCUUUGGUAAAAGUGUAAAUAUGGCAUUAUAAUAAAACAUCGAAUUCAAUCACUGUCA